AGCCAUACAGUCUCCAGAUUCAGGUUGACCAUCUGGUGGGGGGUUCUCCCCUCCGCCGCUUGGCCCGCUUGGGGGGUCGCUCGAAGUCGGACCUUCGCCGCAUGGAGCCAUGUGGCGCAUCAUCGGUGGGGAGAAGGAGGGUCUCCUGGUGCGAGCAGGUCCCAGCCUCACCGAAGCGCUGUUGCCGCAGCGCUUGGCGCAAAACGCCCUGGUGGACGAGUUGGGACGCGCGGGGUCCUCGCGCUUGCACUACCGGCUCAUUUCGGGCACUGGCCCCAGCGAGGGGUGGAUCAGCACGCAGAUCGCGGGGAAGACGCUGGCAGUGAAGCUGGAAGAAGCACCGGGAGCAGCGGCCGACGGGAGCUGGAGCACUGAGGGCACUGGGAGCAUGCCACCCGAGCUGGCGACUAUCCUGGAGAAGGGCACCAAACAUGUGACCGCUUGUGCCUGUGAUCAGGAGGACCUACAGAUGUUCCAUGCGAUUCGGCAAGAGCUUUCGCAAGGGCAACGGCCCUUCAGUGGGAACUGGCGUCCUGCCAAUGAUGGGAAAUGGAAGACACCUUGGAGGAACGGCUUGGGAAGCGAACAAGUGGAGGCCGCCGACGGGCAGAAGCUGCCGUACCUGGCCAAGACCUUGCGGAAGCUCAUGGACAUGGUGAAUGCUGAGAUGUUGCAGUGGUGGGCCAACUUCUAUGAGGAUGGCUCGGUGGGUUGCGAGUUCCAUCACGACGGGCACGCGGAACACAACAUCACCGUGGGCGCCUCCUUUGGCGCUGCCAGGUUGUUGACCUUCCACCACGAGGACACUGGAGCUGAGAGGUCGUUCCUGCAGCGGAACGGCGACAUCUUUGCCUUCGACCACUCGGUGGACGAGAAGUUUAUGCACGGGGUUUACCCGGUGGAGGACGAAGCCCUGGGUCCUCGGAUCUCGGUCAUCAUCAUGGGUCGCUUACGCCCCAACAGCGGCCUCCACCGGAGCUUCGUCCAGGAUCAGCGAGAAAACCGCCAGAACUUCUUCCAUGAUUGCAUUGAACGAUUCAGAAGACUCGAAAAGUCUAUCGAAACUCAGGAGGCCACUCUGCUUGAAAAGGAGGCCUCCUUGCGGAAGCUCUUGGAAGAAACCGCGAUGCAGGCACUGGAAGAAGAUGUUGGAGAACUGCUGGAAAGAAAGCAUUCCAGCAAACAGAGCAUGCAACUCCUGCUGGAAGAGUUCAACAGGAACACAUCCAGUUCGGCGUUUGCUCAGCUGCAGAUGAAGGGCAUUAGCCUGAUGAAGCAACAGCAAGCCCUGUUGAAGGACUUCAAGGCCUUGGUGUCCAAAGAGGAGAAGCGCGGUCCUCGCGGUCCUCGAGUGCAGGAGAAGAUGCUAUGCCGCCCCAUGGCUGCCCGCUUGUCUGGCGAAGAGGUGUCCUGAGAUGCCAUCGAACCUGGUCUUCGAGCGAGCUCUUGAUCAUCUUCGUCAUUGAAGCCGUUGGAGCCAUCGGGGGCUUGGCCAUCUACUCGGCUGGAGCAGCUCCUCAGACCUCGGGGCACCCGGCCCCGUGAGCGCUCGCGUUGGGCCAAAACGGGUGAGAACCUGGAGCUGCGGACGGGGCACUGCAGACGGGGGCAUGGGGCCAUGAGGCAGCGCGCGAGGGGUUUGGAACUGGCGUGCUCAAGUCAAGUGGACUCUCUUUUUGGUUUUGCAGAACUUAGUUGGUCCGGAGUUGG